ACCAACACUGUAACGAUGUAUUUGAGAGACAAGUGUUCAUUGUGUAAAUUUAUUUUUUGUUUUCAAUAAACAUUAGGAGACGAAAUAUAGUUUACACGUUGUCAAUAAUAUAAGCCAACCGUGUCUGAAUUGCCCCAUUGUUGCGCACGCGUCGGUAUCGGAAACAGCUCCUUUAAGAAAGUCAUUUGAAGCAAAGAAAAAGUUCAAAGGAGGAAAUAGGAAGUCAGUCUCGAAUGUCAACACAACAAACAAAGCACAAAGAAGAGGAACGGACAGACAAUUUAAGACGUUUAAGACAAUGGCGGGUAUUAAAGCGCUGGUUGGGUUGUCCUUCAGUGGAGCCAUUGGCUUGACAUUCCUCCUGUUGAGCUGUGCCUUGGAGCAAUAUGGGGUGUACUGGCCCCUCUUCAUCCUUUUCUUCUACAUACUCUCUCCUAUCCCCACCUUUAUAUCCAGAAGGCUCAGUGAUGACAGUGAUGUGGCCAGCAACGCAUGCAGAGAGCUGGCAUACUUCCUCACUACGGGAAUUGUGGUAUCUGCGUUCGCGCUUCCCAUCAUAAUGGCCCGGGGUGCAGUAAUCCAGUUGGGGGCCUGUGGCCUGGUGAUGGCCGGCAACGUUUUCAUCUUCCUCACCAUCCUUGGCUUCUUCCUGGUGUUUGGAGGGGAAGACGACUUCAGCUGGGAGUAGUGAUAGACCGUCUGUGAAUCUCUGGCCAAACAGAGCCACAAUCCCAAAUGGACCCCUAGACCCUAUGCAUUUGUGGAGAUCUGAGAGGAUUAGACAGGUGUAAGUAAUAUGGUAAUAGCUCCAUCUUGCCCUCUGAUAGGCUUGCUAGGUGGAAGUUUCACCAUACCAGUCAAAUCUUCUCUGAUCUCCACAAGUGCAUGUGGUGUAGGAUCUAGGGGUCGAUUUGAGAUUAGGCAAUGUGAAGAGGUAUGCUUAGGUAUAAGCAUGUGGUGAAAUAUCACCAAGGGAAGAGUGGUUGUUUCUGGACAGGACCCACUUCUCUACAAUCAUGUAUGUAUGUAUGUAUGUAUGUAUGUAUGUAUGUAUGUAUGUAUGUAUGUAUGUAUGUAUGUAUGUAUGUAUGUAUGCUACAAAACUAUAGUUUAACAAGAAAUUUGUGAAGUGGUUGAAAAAUGAGUUUUAAUGACUCCAACUGUAUGUAUGUAUGCACAUGCAUUCAUGCAUACAGUUGGAGUCAUUAAAACAAAUUUUUCAACCACUCCACAAAUUUCUUGUUAGCAAGUUAUAGUUUUGGCAAGUCUGUUAGGACAUCUACUUUGUGCAUGACACAAGUUAUUUUUCCAACAAUUGUUUACAGACAGACUAUUUCACUUAUAAUUCACUGUAUUACAAUUCCAGUGGGUCAGAAGUUUACAUACAUUAAGUUGACUGUGUCUUUAAACAGCUUGGAAAAUUCCAGAAGAUGAUGUCAUGGCUUUAGAAGUUUCUGUUAGGCUAAUUGACAUCAUUUGAGUCAAUUGGAGGUGUACCCAUGGAUGAAUUUCAAGGCAUACCUUCAAACUCAGUGCCUCUGCUUGACAUCAUGGGAAAAUCCAAAGAAAUCAGCCAAGACCUCAGAUUUUUUUUUUUUUUAGACCUCCACAAGUCUGGUAUAUUCUUGGGAGCAAUUUCCAAAUGCCUGAAGGUACCACGUUCAUCUGUACAAACAAUAGUAUGCAAGUAUAAACACCAUGGGACCACGCAGCCUUCAUACCGUUCAGGAAGGAUACGUGUUCUGUCUCCUAGAGAUGAAUGUACUUUGGUGCGAAAAGUACAAAUCAAUGCCAGAACAACAGCAAAGGAUCUUGUGAAGAUGCUGGAGGAAACAGGUACAAAAGUAUCUAUAUCCACAGUCAAACAAGUCCUAUAUCGACAUAACCUGAAAGGCAGCUCAGCAAGGAAGAAGCCACUGCUCCAAAACCGCCAUAAAAAAGCCAGACUACGGUUUGCAACUGCACAUGGGGACAAAGAUCGUACUUUUUGGAGAAAUGUCCUCUAGUCUGAUGAAACAAAAAUAGAACUGUUGGCCAUAAUGACCAUCGUUAUGUUUGGCGGGAAAAGGGGGAUGCUUACAAGCCGAAGAACACCAUCCCAACCGUGAAGCACGGGGGUGGCAGCAUCAUGUUGUGUGGGUGCUUUGCUGUAGAAGGGACUGGUGCACUUCACAAAAUAGACGGCAUCACGAGGAAGGAAAAUUAUGUGGAUAUAUUAAAGCAACAUCUCCAAGACAUCAGUCAGGAAGAUAAAGCUUGAUCACAAGUGGGUCUUCCAAAGUUGUGGCAAAUGGCUUAAGGACAACAGUCAAAGUAUUGGAGUGGCCAUCACAAAGCCCUGACCACAAAGCCCUCACCUCAAUUCUAUAGAAAAUUUGUGGGCAGAACUCAGAAGACGUGUGUGAACAAGGAGGCUGACAAACCUGACGUAGUUAGACCAGCUCUGUCAGGAGGAAUGGGCCAAAAUUCACCCAACUUAUUGUGGGAAGCUUGUGGAAGGCUACCCAAAACGUUUGACCCAAGUUAAACAAUUUAAAGGCAAUGCUACCAAAUACUUAUUGAGUGUGUGUAAACUUCUGACCCACUGGGAAUGUGAUGAAAGAAAUAAAACCUGAAAUAAAUUAUUCUCUCGACUAUUAUUCUGACAUUUCACAUUCUUAAAAUAAAGUGGUGAUCCUAACUGACCUAAGACAGGGAAUUUUUACUCAGAUUAAAUUGUGAAUUGUGAAAAGGUGAGUUUAAAUGUAUUUGGCAAAGGUAAACUUCUUCAACUGUAUAUGUAUGUGUAUAUAUAUGUAUGUGUGUAUGUAUGUAUCUGUAUAUGAUUGCAACAACUUCUAUAUGCUUCAAUGAACGUAUCAUAUAAGGGAUACUGUUGAAUGAUUUUUGUGGUUAUCACCACAUUCUGUUUCUAUUCUUUUCAGGGAGCAUUCUGUUUGAAAAUGUAUCUUGCUUAUUUUAAGUAUUAGCGUUUCAAAUUAUCUACCCAUACUCAUUCUUGCAGUUGAUUUACGUUUGUACUUUUGUUUGUGGUUGUAUGUGUUUAUCUAUUUUAUAUGAUCUUUGGGUAUGACUAGAUAAUCAAGUCAAGGUGUAGUCAACGUUUUUGUAGUUUGUCAUUUUAAACAUUUUGCUCCAAGACAAAAAAAAAGCCUUAUUCUAGGCCUUGCUGCAAAUGUUUACAGUAAUACCAAACGACAGUUUAAGAAAAUAAGUUAGACACGAUUCACCCACCAUGGUUUCUGACGAGUGUCUAUGAUUAUUAAACACAUUAUUAAUUCUAAUUGAGUAAUUAUGUUACACCCUUAUUAUUAAGUUAACAAAUGUAUUUUUGAAUUACAUGUGUUUAAUAUGUUUGUCUUCACUGAGGACAGAAGCCAAAAUGGGGUUUUGUGAACCAUGGGCUACAUUGGUACAGUAGAUGAAUGGUGAGUUUUCACAUGAAAUGUUAAUACUAUAUAUUUGCUGUUUUUUGUUCUAAUGAAGUGCCCACUUUUCUGUUCACCCAAAAGUGCCUAGUAAAAUGUACUAUUUUUACUGAUUCAAAAAGUUCUUAAGAGUUUGAGUCACUUUUUACAUUCUAUAUUGGUAUAGCCUUCUGAGAACCCAUAGUGUAUUCUAGAACUCUGUUUUGCGAUAUUCCAAUUAAUAACCGAAUGUAACAACACCACUUCAUUCUGAUUUCAUGUUACUAUAAGUAUGCUAAAAUGUCUAGUUUUCACCGAAGGGUCAAUUUAAUUAACAACAUUUCCGCAUGAUCUCAUAUCAUGAAAUGGAAAAAAAAACGUUAUUAUACUAUAUGUGUCUCAUUAGCUAUCAUUCAUUAUGAAGUCUUUGUGUUGCAUAUACAUGUACUGUAAGUGUGAACCCAAGACUUAACAGCACUUUCAAAACACUAGAGAGCACUAGAGAGACCUGUUUUGAAACUCCUGACAAAAUCCUAUACAUAGUCUGUUUUCUAACAUUAAUUAAAGCACUAUUGAAAUAUA